AUGGGAUCAUCGACACUGAGAAGAACAUCAUUUUAUCGGGAUGAAGCUAGAAGACUUGAUCAAAAUGAGGAAGAAUUGUUUCCUGACGAUACUAGCGCAUCAUGGAAAAGGAGAUCAGGGAAACAAAAAGCCAAAACUAUUGGAAAAACGUACAUCGAGAGAAUGGAAUCUACUCAUCUACUCAUCAAUGAAAAAGACAAGGAACUUCAAAACAUCAAAGCAAGAUUCAAAAAAUGCACCAGAGAGGAAUGGGAUUUAACAGAAGAAGAAUAUAAGAAAGUUCGUGUUCAACUUGAUGAAGUAUACACAAAACUAAAAUUUGCUCAAGAAGCACUCUCAAAGGCGUUGAAACACAAAAGAGAAAACCUCCACAAACGCCUAAAGGAAAAGAACGAACGUGACUUCAAAAGUGAUUACAACAGCAGAAAAACACCUGAUGCUAAUUUAACUGUCUAUCUUUAUCCAUGGCAACUGUUCAUGCUAUAG